UGUGUCGUUCGUCUCAGAAUGUGUCCUCAGAGUGUGUCGUCUCUAGUGUGUCGUCUCCAGAAUGUGUCCUCAGAGUGUGUCGUCUCCAGAAUGUGUCCUCAGAGUGUGGUCCGUCUCCAGAGUGUGUCCUCAGUUGUGUUCGUCGUCCAGAAUGUGUCCUCAGAGUGUGUCGGUCUCCAGAAUGUGUCCUCAGUGAAUGUGUCCUCAGAGUGUUGUCGUCUCCAGAGUGCGUUCUCAGAGUGUCGUCUCUAGUGUGUCGUCUCCAAAGUGUGACCCUCAGUGUGUGUCGUCUCCAGAGUGUGUCCUCAGUGUGUGUCGUCUCCAGAGUGUGUCCUCAGUGUGUGUCGUCUCUAGUGUGUCGUCUCCAGAAUGUGUCCUCAGAGUGUGUCGUCUCCAGAAGUGUGUCCUCAGAGUGUGUCCCGUCCUCUAGUGUGUCGUCUCCAGUGUGGUUCCUCAGUGUGUGCGUCUCAGUGUGUCGUCUCCAGAGUGUGCCUCAGUGUGUGUCGUCUCCGAAGUGUGUCCUCAGUGAUGUGUCGUCUCCAGAGUGUGUCCUCAGUGUGUGUCGUCUCAGAGUUGUGUCCUCAGUGUGUGUCGUCUCCAGUGUGUGUCCUCAGUGUGUGUCGUCUCUAGUGUGUCGUCUCCAGAGUGUGUCCUCAGAGUGUGUCCUCAGUGUGUGUCGUCUCAGAGUGUGUCUCAGUGUGUGUCGUCUCCAGAGUGUGCCAGCUGUGUCGUCUCCGAGUGUGUCGCAGUGUGUGUCGUUCCUAGAGUGUCGUCCUCCAGUAGGUGUCGUCUCUAGUGUGUUCGUCUCCAGAGUGUGUCCUCAGUGUGUGUCGUCUUCACACUCUGAGGACACAUUCUAG